AAAAGCAUCGAUGUUUCUUUGUUUUGCCCUACAAUGGCGGCCAUCUUUCCUCCAAAUUUGGGGCUCACAACCUCCCUCCAAAUCUCUCUCUUCUUCCUCCUCCUCCCUAUCUUCCCCUUCUUAAUUCUACCUUCCGCUCUGACUUGCCCUAAUGGACGCCAUCUUCACCUCCCGUCCACCUUGAAUUCCACCUCUUUUUUGUUCUCAAAGGCUUUUCUAGGGCAUUCCAUAUCUCUGAUUUUUCCAACUCUUUAACGGCUCGGGAUUGGGUGCCCUAGAACUGUCUGCUCUUCGUUGUCGUCUAGGGAGCUUAUGAUCAUCAUCUAAUCCUGGUAGCUCUACCAUAUAUGAGGAGGAACCUGUCACAGUGAUCAAAUGGGGGCUAAAUUUUCAAAGCCGAGUCAGGCGAAGGUGGAAAACCUUAGUCUGCAACACCAUCUCAUCAAUUAUCUAUCAAAAAGCUUUUACAUCCGUAACUUGGUAUCCAAGCAAAGGAGGCGCAUGCUUGUUGCCGGCUAUGAUCUUGACAUGUCAUACAUCACAGAUCAUGUUCUGGCAAUGUCAUUCCCUGCCGAACGUAUGCGUGCAAUGUAUCGUAACCCCCUAUGGCAGGUAAAGUCCGUAUUGGACAUGAGGCAUCAAGGACACUACAAGAUCUAUAAUCUUUGCAUUGAAGAAUCAUAUGAUCCAUCACAUUUUCAUGGGCGUGUGGAGUCAUUUCCUUUCGAUGAUAAUCAUGUUCCACCUCUACAGAUGAUCAAACUUUUCUGUGAAAAUGUCUCUUCAUGGCUAUCAUCCCACCCAAAGAAUAUUGCAGUUAUACAUUGCAUGGCUGGAAAAGGUCGAACUGGAUUGAUGGUAUGUGCCUACUUGGUUUACUGUGGCAUGUCACCAGAGGAUGCACUUCAGCUGUAUGCUCAGAGGCGGACUACCAAUAAUGAAGGAGUAUCAAUUCCAAGCCAACGACGGUAUGUGGGAUACUGGGCAAAGUGUCUUUCCUUUCCCAAGGGAGUUUAUAAUGGACCACCCGAGGUGAAGUUGCCCAAACCGUGUAGGAGAGAGUUGCAGAGAAUUCGUCUUUAUGACACAGUUAACAGUGAAUCAAUUUUCUUUGUUGUCUCAGAAUUGCAGGAGAUUCCUUCUCAGCUGUACCGUCCAUCUAUGGAACUUACCAGGAAUCGUUGCAGACAAUUCAAGAAAGGUUAUGAGAGAAAUGACAGUCCUCGUUACUUUUUAUCUUUUGUUGAAGGCGAAAACGAAGGGAAUGAACCAGAACUCGAACCCCAUCUUGUUGUUCAAAUGGACACCGAGUGUUCUGCACUGUACCACAAAACCUGCCUUGACUACAAUUUUGAGAAGCCUCUACCACUAACUGGAGAUGUGCGCAUCAUAUUCUACGCAAAGAUGUUCGGAGGGCGUCUCUUCUAUGCUUGCUUCAACACAGCUUUCAUUAAAAACAGCUUGCUACAGCUGAGGUUGCCGGAUUUGGACAAAGUUGGGAAAAAGGGAAGGUCAAUUUGUGGUCCUUCCUUCUGCUUGGAGUUGGUAUUUGGUCCUGCGAAUGCAAAACACUCAUUUUUUACUUCCUCAGAUGACGAAAAUGCUAGUGAUGAUGUUUUAAAAUCUCAAUGUUCUUCGUCAGACAGAUCGGAAGCGAACAUUUUGAAAUCACAUUAUCUCUGGUAAUCAAUCAUCUCAAUGAGCUACCAAUGAUUUUCUCAGUUUGCUAACAAUGAUCUUCUCAGUGAUCGAACAAUGAUCUUCUCAAUGAGCGAACAAUUCUCUUAAAAUCAUCUCUGUAUCCAUUGGACUUUUCUAUUGGUGGAAGGCAUUAGGAGGAAUGAGCACGAAAUUUUGUAUGCUUAGACUAUGAAAUUUUGCAGGAAAGGAAAAGUUCAAUGAAAAAAAUCAGUUUUGUAUAUACUUCAAGGUGACCAUGAUUCAACUUUUAUGAACCUAUCUCUUGUGCCUA